CCUAAGUGGCGCUUACUCCCCUGCUGGCCUUUACCCUUUCGCUCUAUUUUCUUGUUUCUGCUCGUCCCCCUCCUUUCUCUCAGAACCCUAGCUUUCGUCUCGCCUGGCUCUCGCCGUCAAUGUCUAACCAGAUCUAUAACUAUGGCUCGAGCUUCGGAGGAGGCGGUGGGGCCUCCUCCCUCUACUCGCGUCGCGCCACCAAUUCCUACCUCUCCGACGGCGGUUCAUCCAGGCUCUCCAGCGUGGACCCAUUCGCCGCCGCGGACACGGUCAUGUACUCCGAUCGGAUGUCAUCUCUGUAUUCGAAGGCGGGAGAUGGAUCCUUGAGGCUCCACGGCAGUGACAUCGCCGGGUUCGGCGCCGCCGGGAGCUUCUCGGCGGCGGGCAAGAUCGGCGGAGGCAUCGGGACGGCGUCGUCGGCGGCGUUGUACGCGAGUUCGGCUUUGGAUCCGUCCGCGAUUGGUGGUGCAAAACGGUCUGUGGAAGCUCUCUACAAUCAGAGCAUUCUGGGAAGCCAUAACACUAUUGGGCAAAGUGAUGCUUUAUUUUCUUCAAAUUCUUUGGUCAAACGCUCUAGACUUGAAACUGCAAGCAAUCUUCCUAUAUAUCCACAGCGACCAGGAGAGAAGGACUGUACUCACUAUAUGUUGACAAGAACAUGUAAAUUUGGAAAUUCCUGCAAGUUCGACCAUCCUAUUUGGGUUCCUGAGGGUGGAAUCCCAGACUGGAAAGAGGUCCCACUUGUCCCAACAAGUGAAUCUCUUCCUGAGAGGCCAGGAGAACCUGAAUGUCCUUAUUACAUGAAGACUCAAAAAUGUAAAUUUGGAUCACGAUGUAAGUUCAACCAUCCGAAGGACAUAUUAAAUGCAUCUGCUGGUGAAGUCGGUGGAGAGGGGCCUGAUAACUCAGUGUUACCAGAGAGGCCAUCAGAGCCAUUUUGUUCGUUCUAUAUGAAGACUGGGAAAUGUAAGUUUGGUCCAAAUUGUAAAUUUCAUCAUCCAAAGGAUCUUCAGAUACCACCAAAUGGAGAAGAUACUGGUAACACAGGGCAGGUGGAAUCUGAGAAGGAUGAUGGUGCCGCAGGAGAUCCAAAGCCAGCAAAUGGGCAUGUUCCAAUCACCCCCGCUCUGUUGCAUAAUUCAAAGGGACUUCCUAUACGACCGGGUGAAACAGAUUGUCCAUUUUACCUCAAAACUGGCAGCUGCAAAUAUGGUGCUACUUGCCGAUACAACCACCCUGACAGAAGUUCAAUUAAUCCACCAUUGGCAUCUGCUUUAGGUCAAGCUGUUAUACCUUCUCCAGCAACUAAUUUGCCUUUUGGAGUAUUAAAUCCAGCUGCUAGCCUUUUACAGAAUAUAAAUCUGCAGUCAGCCCAAGCAUCACUUGGAGUAGUUCCUACAAUCUAUCCGCAAAGGCCUGGAGAAAUUGAAUGUGAUUUCUAUAUGAAGACUGGACAAUGCAAGUUUGGAGAAAGAUGUAAAUUUCACCAUCCUAUUGACCGGUCAGCACCGUCAUCAGAUGUAAAGCAGUCUCUUCAACAGAAUGUCAAGCUUACCCUUGCAGGGCUGCCAAGGAGAGAGGGUGCUGUUAUCUGUUCCUUCUACAUGAAGACAGGCACAUGCAAAUUUGGUGCAACAUGCAAGUUCGACCACCCACCCCCGGGAGAGGCCAUAGCAAUGGCAACUGGAAGUGGGACUGCAACUGGUGUCUCUGCUACUGACGGUGGGGAGAACAAGGCUGCUGCUGCACUGGCUGAGGGACUGCAGUAAGAGGACAAUUUCCACAUUGUGUGUGAGGGUAAACUUUUCCUUUGGGCGUCACUAGGUUUUAAGGAUUGUCACAUAUUGAAGACAAUGACUGCUUUGCUUGAUUGUCUGAUGAACUUGAUUUACCUGCUGGCUGUUUUCAACCAGUAUUCCUGCUUGAUCGUUAUAGUGUUGAGAGUGUCAAUAUUGGAGCAUUAAAAGUCCAACUCAUUCGUA